CGCCCUUGAAACCAUAAUGGACGUUCAGUACAGCGUGUGCAGUCGAUAGUAUAACAUUAGCAAGUGCAAAAUAUUUUAUAAUAAUUGUAUUUAAUAUUCGAAAUUCAACGAAAAAUUUAUUAACACGUUAAAUAUAGCUAUUAGCUUUUUUUUCUAUUUGUAACGCGUUAAGUACCAAAAAAAAUCAAAAUGUUUGAAGCACGUUUAGUACAAAGUUCUGUUUUAAAGAAAGUUAUUGAAGCCGUUAAAGAGCUUUUAUCUGAAGCAACAUUUGAAUGUUCGGAUUCAGGAAUGCAAGUACAAGCCAUGGACAAUGCCCAUGUUUGUCUUGUAUCAUUAAAUAUGCGAAGUGAUGGAUUUGACAAAUAUCGUUGUGAUAGGAAUUUAUCAAUGGGAAUGAGUAUUACUUGCAUGUCAAAAAUUUUAAAAUGCGCUGGUACAGACGACACUGUAACAUUGAGAGCAUGGGAUAAUCCAGAAUCAAUAAAUGUUAUUUUCGAAUCGCCAAAUAAAGAGAAAUUAGCCGAAUAUGAAAUGAAAUUGAUAAAUAUGGAUCAGGAACAUCUUGGAAUUCCUGAGACUCUUUAUUCUUGUACAGUAAAGUUGCCAUCUGCUGAAUUUGCAAGAAUUGUAAGGGAUUUGCAAAUGUUUGGCGAAUCAAUAACAAUUGCCUGCUCAAAGGAGGGCAUCAAAUUUAGUGCAGCUGGUGAUAUUGGAACAGCAAACGUAAAAUUGGCACAAACCGCUGAAUCAGAUAAAGAAGAGGAAGCUGUAACGAUAGAAAUGCAAGAACCAGUGAAACAAGCAUUUUCAGCAAGGUAUCUCAAUAAUUUUGUAAAAGCAACGCCACUUUGUGCUCAGGUUCAACUUUCAUUAUCCAAUGACGUACCCCUUGUUUGUGAAUAUAAAAUCGGUGACAUUGGCCAUAUUCGAUAUUAUUUGGCACCGAAAAUUGAAGACGAAGAGGAAAGCUAAAAAUAACUUUUAAACUUAAGACAAUUCUCUUUAAUUUUAU